CAGAUAUCCUUUACUUUGGUAAGUGCUGUUUUUGAACGUUACUGAGCUCAUCUGUAGAGUGCUUUUAACAGUCACUUGAGUUCAUUAUUCAUAAUAUCUCCCCUGUCCUUUCCAGGAUAGAGAAGGAAGUACUUCUGAAGUUCAAGUUUUGGAUUAUCUGGUGCUCUGCCAUCAAUUUAACAGAUAUUUUAUUGAGUUCCAGUAUACAAGGACUAUAAUGUAAGACGGUAAUAGGGGCAACAGUGAUGGUAAUUUGUAUAAGCAGGAAAAGCCCAUCCUUUAAUGAGAUUACAUGUGAAAAUGCUCGAUAAAUUUUUUAUGGUCCUAUAGAUACUAAUCUGUUAAUUUAUUGAUAUCACAGUAAUAUUUCUAAAAAAAGUUAGUGCUCUAAAUAAUACCAUCUUGCUAAUGGUAACCUGCUGGUUGUAAAGAGCAAUUGGUAACAUUUGGUGUAGGAAACAAGUGAACCCAGCCUUGUCUAGUAGUAGUCACUCCUCCAUCUUACCUGGCACUGUGAGGCGUCAGAGUGCUUUCCCUGGUUAGCACCUGCUUAAUGAAGCGAGGUAUAGCUAGGACUGUCUGUCAUUCAUUGAGUGUGACCGUGUGCUAGAUGUGCUGUUUUAUGUUCUUCAUUUCAUUUAAUCCUCAGGCUGGAAGAAGUAGGCAUUCUUACCUCUAUGUAACAGAUGAGGAACAAGUUUAGAGACAUACGAAGAGGGAAAAAUAGCCUAUUUAUAGAAGAAACCCAGAGACCACGUGGUCUACCGCCGCCCUCCGCCUCAGUGAGGAUUCGGCUCUGGUGACUGGAGGAUCCACCUGCGCGUGCGCACAGUCUCCGGCCGGCCGCUUCCGCUAGUGUGUACUCCCUCCCCCACUGAGCGCGCGCGGAAACCGCACGCACGCCUGCCCGGGAGCGCGCGCACGCCCCGCCCCGCCCCGCGCGGCCCGCGAAUCCCGCGGCGGCGACGCCUGGGUGUCAGGGCCCGGGGAGGUAAUGCCCCUGAAGGCGGGGAACGUGGCAGAGGCCGAGGCGGGUGCCGAGGAGUACAGCCCUGAAGAGUACGGCCGGGAGGAGCCGGGCGCCGAGAGGGAGAUGGAGGCCGGGCGGCCGCGGCCGGUGCUGCGCUCGGUGAACUCGCGCGAGCCGAGCCAGGUCAUCUUCUGCAACCGCAGUCCGCGCGUCGUGCUGCCCGUGUGGCUCAACUUCGACGGCGAGCCGCAGCCCUACCCGACGCUGCCGCCCGGCACGGGCCGCCGCAUCCACAGCUACCGAGGUCACCUUUGGCUCUUCCGAGAUGCGGGGACAUAUGAUGGGCUUCUGGUUAACCAAACUGAACUCUUUGUGCCAUCUCUCAAUGUUGAUGGACAGCCUAUUUUUGCCAACAUCACACUGCCAGCCUCCUACGUGGUCACAGACCUGACCCAGCUGCGGAAGAUCAAGUCGAUGGAGCGGGUGCAGGGCGUGAGCAUCACCCGGGAGCUGCUGUGGUGGUGGGGGAUGCGGCAGGCCACCGUCCAGCAGCUGGUGGACCUCCUGUGCCGCCUGGAGCUCUACCGCGCCGCCCAGAUCAUCCUGAACUGGAAACCAGCUCCUGAAAUCAAGUCUUCCAUCCCAUAUGUCCCGGAUGCUGUGAAGCCAGGAAGGCCUUUGGCAGCUUCUGCAAGAAACACCAAGGAUGAAGAGGAACAGGGGCAGCCCGUGAGGACAGCUGCCUUCCCAGGCUCAAGGCCCACUCCAGCCAGAGCCAGCCUCCUGCCUCCUCCUGAAGAUGCCUCUUCUUCCUUAAAAACCGACCUUCCCGCUUCAUCUGAUUCAAAGGAUGUCAGCACCUCCAUUCCUAAGCAGGAAACUCUUUUGAGCCUGGCGGGAGACAGCCUUUUCUGGAGUGAGGUGGACGUGGUCCAAGCAACUGACAACUUCAACCAAAACCACAAAAUCAGCGAGGGGACCUUUGCUGACAUCUACAGAGGGCAAAGGCAUGGCGAGCCCUUCGUCUUCAAGAAGCUCAGAGAGAUGGCCUGCUCAGGUCUAGGAUCAAUCAAAAAAUUUUUCCAGGCAGAGGUACAAAUCUCUCAUAGAUGCUGCCACCCCAACGUCUUACCUCUGCUGGGCUUCUGCACUGGAGAACAGUUUUACAGCUUGAUCUACCCCUACAUGGCAAACGGUUCUUUACAGGACAGACUCCAGUGUCAGGGUGGCUCGGACCCCCUCCUCUGGCCCCAGCGCGUCAGCAUCUGCUCAGGGCUGCUUCAUGCUGUGGAGCACCUGCACGGCCUGGAGAUCAUCCACAGCAACAUCAAGAGCUCCAAUGUUUUGCUAGACCAAAACUUCACCCCUAAGCUGGCACAUCCAAUGGCUCACCUGUGUCCUGCCAACGAAAGGUCAAGGUACACUGUGAUGAGAACCCACCUUUUCCAGGCCUCAGCUGCAUAUCUGCCAGAAGAUUUCAUCAGGGUGGGGCAGCUGACAAAGCGAGUGGACAUCUUCAGCUGUGGAAUAGUGUUGGCUGAGGUCCUCACUGGCAUCCCCGCGAUGGAUAACGACCGAAGCCCGGUUUACCUGAAGGAUUUACUCCUCAGUGAAAUUCCAAGCAGCAGCACCUCGCUCUGCUCCAGGAAGACGGGCGUGGAGAAAGCGAUGGCCAAGGAGCUCUGCCAGACGUACCUGGAGAGGAGAGCAGGGCGGCUGCCGCAGGACUGCGCCGAGGCGCUGGCCACGGCCGCCUGCCUCUGCCUGCGGAGGCGGACCGCCAGCCUGGCGGAGGUGUGUGGCUCUGUGGCCGCCGUGGAGGAGCAGCUCAGAGGUCAGGAGACCUCGGUCCCUUGGAGUGGGCUUUCUGAGGGCACAGGCUCUUCCUCCAACACCCCAGAAGAAACGGAUGACGUGGACAAUUCCAGCCUUGAUGCCGCCUCCUCCAUGGGGGUGGCACCCUGGACUGGGGCUGCUGCCUUGCCUCCCCCGACAGAGGAUGGAGAAGGCAGGCCUCCAGCUGGUGUGGAAAUAGAGGCUAACUCCUCCUCUGAGGCCUGUGCCAGCCCGGAGCCUCCCGGGGAUGCUACAGAGACUUCGUGGAAAAUUGAGAUCAAUGAGGCCAAAAGGAAGCUGAUGCAGAAUAUCCUGCUCUACAAAGAGGAGCAACUGGACAGCGUCGAGCUCUUUGGCCUCUGAUGAUCAGAACACAGCUGGGGACACUUGUCCUAAAGUGGAAAGACGACUGUCAAAUCAAGAAAAAGAUCUGAGGCGAAUUAAGAUCUCCCAGGAAACACAGAAACCAAACAUCAGCUUUCCUGGGAGGGAGAGAAACUUCCAUUUUACCAGUGUGAGGUAGGGGAGAAGGGAUGUCAGCUGUGGGAGACACAAAAAUCCGUGAAGUCCUCUUCCUUUCUGGGAUUUGUCGGUCAGAGCUGGGUAUCAGGAGACUGAAGCGGAAAUUCUGGUACAUGAGCCCAGGGUGUGGGCGAUUUUGUGGUUCCAGGGAGCGUGUGACAAUAACCACCCAGCAGAUGCUGUCACCCAGCUCUCACCCCUUGACAACUGACAGCGUUCUGAAUGCUGAUGGCACUUUCCAACAUUGAGAUCUCUGGGUCAUGUUUGCCAACAACCGCCUGCAAAUAUCUGUGACCUGAAAGAUUUUCAGCUUGUGUCCCAGUGCAGUUCUUGACUUUCUCAAGGUCUCAGGUCUUACAAACGCCAGACACCUGGCAAAGGGCUCUGUAAGUCUUCCGCUUUCUCUACUGGAACUCUUGCAACCCACAGAUAUUUAUUUGAUGCCCGCUCUGCACCUUUAUCCUCCCGUCCCACUAAUGCUCAUAUUUUCAAUGGGGUUUUUAUUUUUAUUUUUAUUUUUUUGAGGAAGAUCAGCCCUGAGCUAACAUCCAUGCCAAUCCUCCUCUUUUUGCUGAGGAAGACCAGCCCUGAGCUAACAUCUAUUGCCAAUCCUCCUCCUUUUUUUCCCCUUUUUCUCCCCAAAGCCCCAGUAGAUAGUUGUAUGUCAUUUGCACAUCCUAGUUGCUGUAUGUGGGAUGCCACCUCAGCAUGGCCAGAGAAGCGGUGCUUCGGUGCGCGCCCGGGAUCUGAACCCGGGCUGCCAGUAGCGGAGCAUGAGCACUUAACCGCUAAGCCAUGGGGCCGGCCCCUGGGGUUUUUAUUUUGAGAAUGUGUGUUAUUUAUGGCUGGAUGAAGAAUCAGGAGGACGAGUUUCAUGUCUGACUCUGCUGCUAAUGAAGUCACUCAUUUUAUUUCUGGAACCUCAGUUUCUUUGUUAGUAACACCUGUUCGUUCUUCCUCCCUGGGCAGUUGGGAAGAACAGGUAAGACAUGGCUACAGAAGUACAUUGAAAAUGCACUUGUCCUGUUUUAUAAAAUAAAUUAAUUAAUUAAUUUAAGCAUAUAUUUCUGCCAUGUACCUAAUGUUUAUGCAGUGGCUAUAUUUCUGAAGAGUCAUGUUGCAAAUCUUUUUGUGAAACAAAUGCUAUUUUAAAUUCAGUGUGUCCUGUUUUAAAUAAUCCUACUAUAGUGAUUUUGUCUUUUUUCUUUUUGUAAAAUAAAAAUACAUUGGUAAAGUCAACAAAUAUCUUGUAAUUAUUCGUGUCCAGAUGAACUCGUUUGGAGAAGGUGCUCUGCAUCCAUGAGAGGGGUGUCGUGGGGUAGCUCCGAGGUUGGGUGCCGGCUGUAAAUGUUGGCUGUUAAUAGCUGCGUGAUCUUGGGCCAGGUUAGGGAGUUAUUCUGAGCCUCUGUUUCUUCAUCUAUACAGUGGGGAGAAUAAAAAGUACCUGUUUCAUAGGUUUGUUGUCAGGGCAAGGGGCAGAUCCUGCCUGAUGAAAGCAUCCAACAGCCCCACAGCAAGGUCGGCUGUGUGCUGAUGUGUCACAAAGCCGAAUGGGCUCCAGCCCCGGUGAACCGUGAGCUGUACUGACACCCCUGUCUAAGCUCUGGUGGCUGUGAGGAUUCAACUAGAGUGUGUGUCACAUGCUCCAAACAGGACCUGGCACGUGGUAAGCACCUUACAAUCAUGAGCAGGGUGCUGUUCCCGGGCUGUUUGAGCAAUAGAGGGCUGAUGCCAACAGGAUACUGGUUAUGCAGACAUACUUGCGUUACCAGAGCAGGGCUUCAUAUAUUUCUGGCGAGAUCAAUGAACCACUUUGAGAAUCUGAUGAAAGCUACGGGCCUUCUCUCCUCAGCAAGCUGUAAAUGCGUACAUAUACAAUUCUAUAUAGGAAUUCCAAGGGUUCAUGGGCACUGCGAUGUCUUUCCAUGCAUCUCCAGAGGAUUGGCCUUUUUUAUUUUUAAGUUAAUAGAUGCACGUGACCAAAAAAUCCAAACAGUACAAAAGAUUAUGCGGUGGAAAGGAAGCCUUUUUACCACUGGGAUCCUAGUGCCUCAUUUCUUCUCCCCACCGGCAACCACUGUUACUAGUUUGGGGUAUCCUUCCAGAGAUGAUAAAACAUUUUUUUAUCUUGUUGCUCAAUUUCAUUAGUCAUUAGGGAAAUGUAAAUCAAAACCACAAUGAUAACACCAGCCCGGUGGCAUAGUGGUUAAGUUCGCAUGCUCUGCUUUGGCAGCCCAGGGUUCAUGGGUUUGGAUCCUAGGUGCAGACCUACACACCGCUCAUCAAGCCAUGCUGUGGCAACGUCCCAUGUACAAAAUGGAGGAAGAUUGGCAUAGAUGUUAGCUCAGCGACAAUCUUCCUCAAGCAAAAAAAAAAAAAAAAACGAUUAGCAACAGAUAUUAGCUCAGGGCCAAUCUUCCUCACCAAAAAAAACCCCCAAAACCACCACAAUGAGAUACCACUCCACACCUGCUUGGACAACUAGAAUAAAAAAAGGACAGACAUCAACGUGUUGGCAAGGAUGUGGAGACACUGGAACCUUCAUACAUGGCUGGUGGGAUUAUAAAAUGGUGAGCUACUUUGGAAAACAGUCUGGCAGUUCCUCAAAAGGUUAAACAUAGUUUAUUCCACUCCUAGAUAUCUACCUAAGAGAAAUGAAAUCAUAUAUCCAUAUAUAAAAACUUGUGCACCAGUGUUCACAGCAGGAAUAUUCAGAAUAGCCAAAGUAGAAACAACUCAAAUGUCAAUCAACGUAUGAAUGGAUAAACAUAAACAGAAUUCCCUACAAUGGAAUAUUAUUUAGUCAUAAAAAGAAUGAAGUACUGAUAUACUUGGAUGAACCUUGAAAAUAUUAUGCUAAGUAAAAGAAGCCAAUCACGUAUGAUUCCAUUUUUAUGGAACAGGCAAAUCUAGAGAGAAAUGGGGUGGAGGGGGUGGUGGCAAUUGUCACAAGAUUUUGGGUGAUGAAAAUGUUCUAAAAUUAGAUUAUGGUUAUGGUGAUGGUUACACAACUCCAAAUAUACUUAAAAAUCAUGGAAUUAUAUGCUAAAAAACCAUUUUGUGUACUAAAAAACCAUUGAAUUAUAUAUGGGUGGAUUUUAUGAUAUGUAAAUUAUAUCUCAAUAAAGCUAGUAGA